AGACCCUUGGGGUCACCCAUUAUAUAACUGUGUACGGCGGCUAUUGCUUUGGGCUGUAGCUAUUUUCGAGUAAAGAAACGUUAGAUAUGGAGAAGGAUGCUGCCCAGAUCGCUGGUAGUUGGAGGCAGGACCACUCCCAGAACGAAAACUACGAGGACUUCGUGCAUACGGUCUGGCGUGGUUCCCCCGUAAGAUGGCGACGCUGUUCAAAAUUAGCGCUAUAGAAGAAUACACCUUCAACGGAGACCAAAUGACGUACAGGUCGCACUCCGCACCGCCCACUCAGUGGACCCUUACUCUUGGACAACCAACAAAUGUCUUCGUAAAUGGUGUUGGCCUCUUGCAGAUGUCACUAGAGAAGGAUGAGUAUGGUCGAUAUCUGACGCGGGUGAGGAAAGGAGAUGACGAAAUGAUCCACACCCAUCGGCUUGACAGCAAAGGACAGCUGGAGAUAUCAACACUUCUCCCAUCCGGGAAAACCAGCCGUCGAGUUUUGAAGAGGUUGUAGUAAUGCCCUACUUUCGCUAGGAGGCGAUGUCUACCAAGACAACUAUCCACGAUUUCUUUAAUAGUAAAUAAUACUGAUUCGUCUGCUGUCGAUUCCAUAUAACAAACUAGAGUUCCACGAUUCCAUUCCUUCGCCAAAUGACGUUAACUUUUAUUAUUGACAAACUCUAAAUGUUUCUUAUUUCCUUAGCAAUAGGCCGCGUGGCUUACAAAUUACACUAUCUAGAAUACUUUUCACUAUCUAUCAUUCAAAAACAUGCGUAUACUCAGGGAAUUCGAAAAUGAUCCAUCGAAAAUACGAAAAAUAGGCUAAAAUAGUACUCUCUAGCGGACCAACUCCCCCGGCAUGUUAUAUCUCUCUAUUUGUCCAAUUUCUACUCUUUCCAGCUGCCUCCUGAAGCCUGAUAGAGGCUAGUAAAGUGUCAGAUACUAGUAAUGUUUAUGACUCAGCUGACCAAAAUUUAGGGGAGACAUGUUAGGAAAAGCCCCGGCACCACGUCAAGGUCUGCCUCCAUCGCCGAGGAAAUUUCAAGACGUCUUCCUACCACGACCUUCAACAUCCUCCACCUUAAGAACCAACCGAACAAGGAAACUUUCACUUUCAAAGUCUUGAGUGUCACUUGGCCAAGGAACUGUGAAGGUAAAUUUAGUUGAUCGUAUUGGAAUGUUCCAUAACCCAAGCAGCCAGAUUUUUUUAAAUCCUACCUUUUAUUGUCU